GAAGAAGAAGAAGAAGAACAUCGCCCCCUCUGGUAGCCGCCGUCACUGCACGUCCUGCCGCUCUCUUCUUGUUUUAUUUCAUUUUUUUAACCAAAAUAACACCUAACCAGAGUGAACCGCUGGGAUUUUAUCAUGCAUUUUAUGUUCUGAUACAACUGACUGCGUGAUAAAUAUUUAAAGCGAGCGCCGCCGUUUUAAACGAGGGAGAGCUGCUUGGAGUUAGCAUACGACGCUAGUUAGCCUAGCGAGCUAGUUAGCUUAGCGAGCUAGUUUCCCGCUGCCUUUUGUUUCGUUUUUUGAAAAAAUGUUCCCGAUUUAUUUAUCAAGAUGCGUUUCAGGACAGAUACUUCGUGUUUAGGCGUUACUGACUGUGCCACUCAGUGAGAAAAGAAUGAACCAGCACGGUUCCGGCUUGCAGCACCAGCGGUCAGCAUGCAAGAGAUGGAGCGAGGACGCUGAACAAAAUGACAGGGAACAUAAAUCCUUCAAAGCAAACCACCGCCAUCACCAGUCCGGGCCAUCAGCUCAGCAGCCCAGCUCCCCGGCUCUGAGCACCAGAAAGGAGCUCUACCAAAGAGACUUCCCGCUGUACAGGCAGCCUGUCGAAGUAGGUUCCUUUUCCCUCGACUCUCAGCGUAGAUUCUUCAACGACAGCCGGCAGAUGAGAUACUAUGUAGAACCUGAGAAAGGUCCACAUUUUGAUUUGAAAGAUGGAUACAGAGACCGCUUUAUACAGAGGGACGAGCAUGUGAAGGAAAAGCUGGAUCACAUCCUUCGGUGGAUUUUGGCCAACAGAUCCAAAGUCGCACGGAGGACAGAUUCGUCGCAUUCAUCAGCUUUAGAUGUCGACUUUGUGACAUGGCGUGGCCAUUUGACCAAACUGCUGACCACACCGUACGAAACACGAGAGGGCUGGCUGCUGGCCGUCACAAAGUUCAAAGGAACACAUUACAUCAGUGAAGUGGAGACGGAAGAGGCUCGCAGGGAUCAGGAGAACCGUACCGAGCGGCAUAAGGCGAUGAUGUACUGGGGGUACAAGUUUGAGCAGUACAUAUGCUCAGAUAAGCUCGACGGAUCGCCUGAUCCGAGUGGCGUGGUCAACACAAACGAGGCCUUCUGCACCGUGGUCCAAACCCGCCUUUCAGAUCACAGGCUCCUGUUCUCCGGUGAGGUGGACUGCCGGGAUAAAGACCCCGACUCUCCGUCUCCUCCCUCCUGCUACGUGGAACUGAAGACGUCCGCAGAGAUCUGUACUCCCAAACAGCGCAGCAACUUCCACAGGUUUAAACUACUCAAGUGGUGGGCACAGUCCUUCCUCCCCGGAGUCCCCCGCAUCGUCGCAGGCUUCCGGGAUGAGGACGGGAUUGUCGUGUCCGUGGAGACCUUUCAGCUCUCCAAGAUUUCACAGCUUAUCAAGAGGGAGGACAAGUGUUGGAGGCCAACAGUCUGCAUGAACUUCUGCAACGACUUCCUGUCUUUUGUCAAACGUGUCAUAACUGAAGAUGAUCAUCAUGUGGUGUAUCUGUUCUCCUGGAACCCACGCUGCGAUGUGACUUACUCUGUACACAAGGACUCCUCUUACUCUUUCCUGCCUGACUGGUACAUGAAGGAAAUGAUCUGAAGAUCCACACCAUCAGUACUAAUUUACAAAUAAAAAGCAGUCCCAUUUAGAUGAAGAAUGUCUCCUAAUCCUCGUGAAGAAAAGUGGGUGGAACCAAGCGUCUUUUUGUGCUGUUCUCGCCAUUCCCGGGUGUAAUUUGGCUGUCAAAGUGUACCAACUUAUCAGAAAGUGUCCUCGUCCUUCUACUAUCAAGGUGAGAGACAUGUGUACCAAUUUAUCAGAAUGUGUCCUCGUCCUUCUACUAUCAAGGUGAGAGACAUGAUUUAUGAUCUAGAACAAUGGUUCACCAGCAAGGAAGCAGCUCACCAAUGGAUCAAGUCAACAUAGCCACACAAACUUGUGAUGAUGACACCACUGUAGUUUGUCUCUGUCAGCACUUAUGAUAACAAUAUCACUAAUACUUGGAUAAUAUUCAAAGUCACAAAGUGUAAAUGGAGUAUUGUUUUUGGAUUGUUAUUUAUUGGGUUUUAUGGGCGGAAUAGAGAACCUCCCAUUGGCUCCGGUGUAAGCUGACUUUUAAUUGCGAGUUAGAUUGCAUUGGAAAAAAAUCAUGCGUGGUCAUGUCUUUCAUAAUGAUUAGAAACGAUAGGCAAAAUUCCCCAAAAAAGUGCAGUUCCCGUUUAUAGUUAAAUAAGUCACAAUAAAGGGGAUCAACUAAACGUGCACAGGACUGGUUUGUCUUUAAUCCAUUUCCGGGUUUGUAAGGUUUGGUAGUUGUCACAGUUUGUGAUCUGAGCUGCUUUUGUGAUCCAUGUUUGUGUGCCCAUCUGCUAGGUCUUUGACAUAGAAAGUCAACAGCAUGGAGCCUUGUGGGGCUCCAACAGUGCAAGUAAGACACGAUUACAAUGCAUUUCUUACUUCUACAGCUUGUCCAUAUUCUAGCUAUGAGAUAGGCUCCAGAGCCCCCCGCGACCUCAAAAGGGACAAGCGGUAGAAAAAGGAUGGAUGGAUGGAUGGAUUUUAUUCAGCAGAUGGCACUUCUGGAAAAAAUAAGCUUUUGUAUGAAAAGAACAUUUGAAGUAAAAUAACAGCACAUACAAAACCACACUGAUCUAGACGGCUUUUGAAAUUCUGAAGAAAGUAACUGGUGGCCCUUUCUGGGAUCCUGUUAAAGUAUUCUUUCUCUGGAAGUGGGGACGAGCCCAGAGAAGACCCGCUGUCUUACAAGACAACCGGCAAAGUCCUUUUACCGUCAUUGCAUUAAAUGAAAACAUUCACUGCCGUGUUUCUACAACAACAUUUCAGUUGAUGUCAGUGGUGUCCUAAUUGAAUGAGGUUAGAUAACUUUAUUUGACUGCUACAAUGCAUAUUAUUACGCAAAACAUCACAGCUAAGAAGAAUUAGCUGCAAAUACAUAGCCAAAUAUAAAAUGUUGUCUUAAGGCUGGCACCACAAACACAAACAUCACAAAUACACACUGUAUAUACAGGACCACUAACUGCACCUUUUAUUUUAUUUGUAGGAAGUUUGCCUAUCAUUCACAGUCCUUAAUUAAGACAAGAACACCUUUUUCUUUUUUUAUACAUUCUAUAUAGUCAGCUUACAAUGGAGCCCAUGGGAGUCGCUAUACUCUGCCAAAAAUGCCUGUAAAACAUCCAAACACCUCCAUUAAGAUUUUACGUACAUGCUGGAAGUGUAAAUGUAAUGUCGUAAUAGGCACAUUUAGAAUAAUACUUAAAGAUGACGUAUUUUUCUAAUUUUGAAGUCAAUCAUUUCAAAAAUGCAUCACAACCUGCGCUUUUUUUGCCACUGCAUCAUAAGCUCCAGCACCCCCCACAACCCUGAAAGGGACAAGCUGUCAGAAUAAUUGUAUCUAAGUUAUCACAAAACUUUGUGUUUCCAUGAGUUCCCGGCGAGCAGGCAAAAGCUGUCUUUAAUCUUACCUAUCAAAAUGCUUGUAAAAUUCCACUGUGUAGGAUGGGACGCAACAUGAAGGUGAAGGUUUCUUUGAUCUAUUGUAAGCCCCAGGUAGAUUUUUUUGUCUUGACCUAAUAUCUACAAAGCGGAGAGGAAGAGGGACCUGACCCCCCUCCAGGCACCUUUUCUUUGAACUGUUUUGUAACAAAGGCGACCCCCCUUCCUUUAGAAACAACUGUUGCCAUGUAAUCAGGAAAAGUCCAAAUAAAAGAGGAGGCGUGCGACCUUUUGUCAGAGCGGGUUGGAAGACUGUGCAAAGAGCACAGCCCGGACGUUUUUCCUCAAUGAGCUGUUUAA